AUGGCUCUCAUCAACCCCGUAUACGCCAUCAUUGUCCCCUUCCUCUUUCUCUUCACCAUCCCGCUAGCGAUAUUUGCCGGGGUUACGACAACACUCGCCUUCACUGUGCUCAUAUUCCGAGUCAUUCUCGUCUACUUUGAUCUCGCGAUAUCUCUGCUCCCGUCGUACAUUACCGGUCGUCCUAGGUAUCUUUCUUAUGCCUCCAAGGCACCGGGGUCCGGUAGUCCGUCACCGUCGCUAACGCCCACACGGCGUUCCGCCUCGCGUCGCGCAAGACGACCGUCUUCUGCCUCCGCCGUCUCCGUCGGCACAAUAACACCCAUCUCGGAAUCAGGAGGCAUCGGCUUAUUCCCAUCUGUCGGUAUCGAUCGGGAUUAUGAGGGUCUAGGUGGCUGGCGCCUAGGAAACGGAAAUGACGAUGAGUUGUGGAUGACCAUCAAUUCACGUCUCGAGUUGCCCGAUCGCCAGUAUCAACGACAUCACCACAGAAGCCCCAGCGGUGGACCUACCACUCCAGGUGGCGGCGAUGGCUACCUCAUGAUGAAGGGAGGUCGCAACCGGAGCCCAGAAAGCAACCGAGGCGGGUAUACUGCUAUUGUGUCGCCCAACAGCUCAAGAGCACGGACACCGACCAACACGCACAUUGCCUUUACAGCACUUGAUGGUGUUGAUGGCGACUACUUUCCAUCAUUAUCCACCAAGUCGGUAAGGAAGGUUGCCGUGGCGUGA